AUGGAAGCAACACGAGACGGAGGUGGGGUUAUCUACAUAAAGUGGCUUGAUGAAACAAGUUCCAGCAUCAGCAUACCAACAGGAAAAUACUCCACCAACUAUAACGCAGAGACAGAAGCUCUCCAAGAGGCAACCAAGAUGCUCGGAAACAGUGAGGCUACACACAAGGCGAAAGUGGUACUUUUGACUGUCGCAAAAUUAUCAGUCCCACAAUUCCUGGAGAACAGCAAGAGUACUGAACUCAAUGCCCUAACAAGAACUAUCAAGGCACUAAACUCUACAGCCUGCAGUUGUCUUGAAUGGAUUCCUGGACACGUCGACAUAUUUGGAAACGAAUGUGCCGACGAACUGGAGAAGAAAGGAGGACAAAUGGAACAAACCCAUCACAGCCCCGACUACCAGGAGGCUAAAACACUCAUUAAGUCAGCAAUCCAUGCCCAAUGGAACGAGGCGCACUCACAGCGCGGAGGAGGGGACCUAAUCUACCAGCUUCCAAGAGCCAACCAAGUGAUAAUCUUCAGACUCAGAACAAGACAUAACUAG